AUGGAUCCAAAAAUCGCCUGGUUCACUCCUGAACAGCUGGGACCCGCACAUGAAUUCUGGGCGAGAAACUGGGAAGCCCAACUAGGCGUGGAUAAAAUGUAUCUGAACAAUUCGGACCACAACAGGGAUUUUCUACCUUUUAAUGACAAUUAUCGACAUUAUAACCACAACAGAAACAAUGGAUAUCAUAAUUCCAACAAUCAUUACGCACCACAGAAAAGGAAACGUGAAAAUCGGGCCAGUACUUAUGGUUUAAAUCACUCUGCUGAUAAACAUUUACUUCGGGAACAUGGCGGUCUCACACCUUGGCUUGUGAAAGGAAAAACUUACAGACCCGAUCUUUCAGGACUUCAUGAUGAAAUUAAAGAUUUUUUUGGUUACAUGUCACCUCGUGAAGAGGAACGACAAAUGAGAAAUGAAGUUGUUUCUAGAAUUCGACAAGUCAUGGAAGAUCUCUGGCCCGAUGCAAAGAUGGAAAUAUUUGGAAGUUUCCGAACGGGUCUCUAUUUACCUACAAGUGAUAUUGACCUUGUGGUGUUUGGUAAAUGGAAAACUCUACCGUUGUGGUCGUUACGAGAUGAAAUACGGAAACGAGAAAUCGCCUACCCAGAAGAUAUCAAAGUUCUUGAUAAAGCAUCCGUCCCAAUUGUAAAAUUAACUGAUAAAGAAACUGAUGUACAGGUGGAUAUUAGUUUUAAUAUGAUGAGUGGUGUUAAAAGUGCUGGUUUAAUCACUGAAUAUAUGGAAGAAUUCCCCAAUUUGAAAUACCUAGUGUUGGUAUUAAAACAUUUUCUCUUACAACGUGAUUUAAACGAGGUUUUUACUGGCGGUAUUAGUUCCUACAGUUUAAUAUUGAUGUGUAUCAACUUUCUACAGCUCCAUCCAAGAAUUGAUGCCAGAUCUCCCGAAGCCAAUCUUGGUGUUUUACUGAUUGAAUUCUUCGAAUUGUUCGGUAGAAAUUUCAACUAUUGGAAAACGGCUAUCAGGAUUAAAGGGGGUGGAGCGUAUCUACCGAAAGAAGAAAUCGCUAAAAACAUGGAGAGUGGCUACCGUCCUUCGUUAUUGUGUAUUGAAGACCCCCUUAUGCCAAAAAAUGAUAUUGGACGUAGUUCGUAUGGCGCUAUGCAAGUUCGACACGCGUUUGAAUACGCCUUUACAAUUUUACAAUACGCUGUAGCUCCACAAAAUCAGUGUCUUAUGAAAGGAAGUGUGUUGAGUCGAAUUAUUCGAGUAACAAAUGAAGUUGUGGAAUAUCGAGAUAUCAUCUGUCAGAAAUACCGAUGUAAAAACACAGACUCGACUGACUCGGACGAAAGUUCGAAUGAAGAGAAAAAUGAUAACACCAUAGCAACGAUAGAGAAAACUACUAAUACUGUUGUCAGACCAACGGUACCAACUUACGCCAGUAUUGUUACCCCGAAUGAUAAAAAAUCCCAUCAAGUACAUUUAGAGUAA